AGAGAGAUUUGGAGACAUUUCAAGAUGGCGAUCAAAUCGCAGGAGUGGAUGACACGGAACAAGGUUACUUAGAAGAAGCCUUUGAUCAGGACUAUGAACCUGAAGAAGAAGAUGAACGUGAUUUCAACCUACGUGGACAAUUUGAUGGUAUCGAUGACUCCGAAAGGAAAGAGCUCUUGGCAGAUGCAGACAAUGAUGUUGAUGAUAUGCCGGAACUCACUGUCAGAUUCCAAGGGGAUGAUGACUAUGAAUCAGAUGACGACGAUUUGGGUGAUGAAGGCGAUGAAGAGGACGAACCUAUUGUGGCCGAUUUGGAUCACCAUCAAGAAAAUGUUGAUAGAGGAACCGAUGAUAUUGGGAGCCCUGUUACUGAUCUGGAGGAUCUACAAGAACCGCCAGAAGAAGAGAUUGUAUUUGAGCCUGAAACGCCUCAAGUAGCAGAAGUUACUCGAUCUGGGCAAACGUAUGCGCAAGCUACAAUGUCAGGGCUGAACCUUUCUCAAGUUCCAAAGAAACCAAGAGAAUGGCCUUCGAGCAGGAGUGGCAGUUCUGCCAAUACUGAAUUGAUGGAUAUUCUGGCAUGA